AUGUUAAGAUAAAAAGAAACAGAUGAUUCAUUUGAUUAUCCUCUUGAUUCUCCUUAGAGUCAGAAACACUAUUAAAUUACACAAAAUGGAAUUUAUAGUCCAUCUCUAUUUAUCUAGUCUAGUGCAAAAUCGAAAUCUAUUUUUCAGAAAAGAAAUGCAUAAGAAUAUUAGAAGAACUCUACUUAACAUGCAAAAAUGAAUAAAAAUUAUGUAAAUGACUUUGACAAUUAAAUGCAAAUACAUUUGUAUAGUUUUAAUAUUAACAAUAACAAAUGUAGACCAAUACACACAUCUUUAUGUUCAUUAUUUAGAGAAGUAUAUUUUUAGUCUAAUAGAAAUAGAAUAAUAUUGAAGUGAAACAGGAAUCAGUUAAAUAAGAUAGUUCUAUGAUUAAAUAUUUGGAGACUAUACAAUAACAAAUGUAGCAAUUAGAAUCUAGUGUAGAUACCUUAGAAAGGAAAUUAAGUGUGAAUAAUUAAAAAAACAAGAAGCCUAUUGAAUAAUCAAAUGAUCAUUAGUUAGUUUAUAUAAAUUAGAAUGUUUCAGGAUUAGUGGGUAGAUUGAAGGACAUUUUAAUGCAAAAAAAAUUAUUAACUACAUAAACUUAAACAAAUCCUUAAGAGAAUGAUAAAUAGACAAUCUAUACCUUUAACAAGAACUUAAAUAAAUUCUCCAAAGAGUAUAAAUGUAGAUUUUGUAAUUGCAAAUUUGUUAAAGCUUGUUCUUUAGGGUAAUAAUAUUUGUAUAUAUAUUAAGGGGUCAUAUUUCAAGAACUCAUAAGGAGGAAUCGAAAUAAUAAAAAUAAAGUAUUCCUAUAAAGAAAAAUAAACAAAUAAAAAAAGAGAAAAUUAACAUGGGUAAGAUGAAAUGA